AAUACAAUCGAUAUUGAGCGACCUUGUAGGUGACACAAGUAUAUUAUAUAAAUUAAAUUAUAGCAUGUCGGUUUGCCGAUUAUGUAUUCGCGAAUAGUUUUAACAGAUAUUUGCGUUGACUAAGUAAAGCGACAAAAAUGAGUUCGAUACCGGAAUUUUUAAACGUUAAAGAAGGGUGUCCGUCAGGAACCUGUAGUCCAGUUCUUUCUUGGUCUCCUUUGCCGCAAAAAAGGCAAUUAAACUUUAUUAAAAAUUCCAGCAGCAAUAAUAAGAAUUAUAACGAAAACAAACAACCAUUAUAUCCAAACUGUGACUUUACCAUUUGGUUGAGGUCUUGUCAAGAAGAAAUAAAAUUUCCUAUAUAUGGAAAAAUUUCAGGUGAUAUUCCAAAAUGGUUGAAUGGUUCUUUGAUUCGCAACGGACCUGGAUCAUUAAAAGUGGGUGAUGAGGAAUUUACACAUCUUUUUGAUAGUUCAGGAUUGCUGCACAAAUUCGGUAUAAAAAAUGGUGAAGUAACCUACCAAUGUCGUUUCUUGCAGUCAGAUGUGUAUAAGAAAAAUUGGAAAGCAAAAAGAAUUGUCCAUAGCGAAUUUGGUACAAAAAUUGUAGAAGAUCCUUGUCAUUCCAUAUUUAAGAGGAUUGCCACUGUGUUUAGUAAGGAAGUUUCAGAUAAUUCUAUGAUUUCCGUAUAUCCUUUCGGUGAUGAAUUGUACGCAUUUGGAGAAACAUCCAUGAUUCAUCGUAUAGAUACGGAAACGUUGGAAACCAAAGAAAAAGUGAAUAUUGGCGAAUAUGUUUCGAUUGUGAGUCAUACAUCUCAUCCACAUGUUUUGAAAUCUGGUACAGUCUAUAAUUUAGGAAUGUCUAUUUCUUCUUCUGGAAUAUAUCAUAAUAUAGUGGAGUUUCCACAAACUGAAACCGGUUUUUCUAAAUCCAUGUUUGAAAAAGCUCGUAUAGUUGCUUCAGUUCCAGCAAGAUGGCGUUUACAUCCCUCUUACAUGCAUAGUUUUGGUAUAACAGACAAUUAUUAUAUAAUUGUAGAACAACCAUUGAGUAUAUCAGUUCUUGGUCUCAUUUCAUCAAAACUAAACAAUGAGCCUUUAGCAGGUUGUUUCAGAUGGUACCACGAAGAAUAUACCAGAAUAACGGUUAUUUCUAGAACCAAUGGAGAAGUAUUUGAAACAUUUUUUGCCAAAUCAUUUUUCUAUUUACAUAUAAUCAAUCAGUAUGAAAUGGAUAAUCAUAUAGUUUUAGAUAUCUGUAUGUACAAAGACCCUUCAAUGUUGGACUGUAUGUACAUUGAAACAAUGAAGACAAUGCAACAAAAUCCUGAUUAUGCAAAAAUGUUUCGAGGACGUCCUGCAAGAUUUGUUCUACCUCUAGAACCUAAUCGAGAUGCAGCAGAAAGUAGAAAUUUAGUUACUUUGAAAAAUGUGCGCGCUAAAGCGUACUACAUGUCCAAUAAAAAGAUUUUAGUAGAACCAGAGAAACUUUGUGAUAUAGGAUGUGAAACACCAAGAAUUAAUUAUGAAAAUUACCUGGGUAAACCUUACAGAUACUUCUAUGCAAUUAGUGCAGAUGUUGACGCAGAUAAUCCAGGAACUCUCAUAAAAGUAGAUGUUUCAUCACAUUCAACCAAAACAUGGUGUGAGAAAAAUUGCUAUCCAAGCGAACCUAUAUUUGUACCUUGUCCGGAUUCCAAGGUUUGUUUCCUAGAUAGAAAGUGGGUUAAUAAGUCAGCGACUUUCCGAACGAAAUGUACAUCAAAAUCAUUUUAUUUUUCAAUUAGUGUCUUUUUGAGCUCGUUCAACAUUUAUCUAAUUUAUUCCAUACAAAUUAAGUUCUUCAAGGUUAUUUUUUGUGAGAUUAUUUCAUCAUUGGCAGUCAAAUAUGUUGGGCAAAAAGUCCCCUUAUCAAGCUUAUCCUUUGUUUGAGUCGUGGUUUACAAUUCCUCCUCAAAUUACGAUCUUUUAUGGUACUAACGGUUAUAAAACACUAAACACUAAAUGAGAACCCGUUCAAAUUUUAACAGAAAUCGAAAGAUGUCAAUUAACGAGUACAGCGUUGUCAUUUUAGUUGAGUAACGGUUAAUUUAAAAAGUUGCGGACUGACUCACCCAUUUAGUUCAUUUCAAGUAUGUAACUAAUUGAUGCGAUUGUGAUUACAUUCUCUUCAUUAUUAGACUGAGGAUGAAGGUGUAAUUCUGUCGGCGAUGGUGUGGGGAGAAGAAGAUACCAAUCACGUCGGUUUGUUAAUCCUAGAUGCUGUAACAUUUACUGAACUAGGUAGAGCAGAUUUUCAAACACUUUCUCCAGCUCCAAAAUGUUUACACGGUUGGUACCUCCCAUCAUAAUGAAAAAUACUUGAAUAAAUUUAAAAUAAGCAUAUAUUGUUAUAAAUACAAUGUUUUCGAUAAAUAAUAAACUGUAUAAUCAACAAUAAAACAGUUAAUAGAAUAUUCUAGCUAAUGUAAUACAACUACAUACAAAUGUACUUUGAAAUAAAUAAAAACGUGCUUCAUUUCUAA